UUGGCGCUCUAGUGCACAGGGCUCUUCCUUGCAAAGUUUCGCCUGCCAUCAUACGCCAGGAUUUUCCUGCUCCGCUCCGCCGCUGCAACCUUGAACUUUGGCAACGUGGUUGACAGUACCGUGGUGUAUCAACCCGCUAGCAGCUUCUCCAAAGCAAUUGAAAACCCGGGAGAAAGAAAAAAAAAAGGCAACGCGAGGGAGGAAAAAGUCCUGUUCCCCCCUUAACUCCCUGCAUUCCAUUCACCCCCCCAACCAUUCCGCCUCCUCCCGCCCCAAUCCACCAGCAGCAACUGCAACAGCAGCAAGACUGAGCCGCCGAGAACAAGAGGGUUAAAAGUGUAGAUUGGAUUUCACCCCGGGAAAUCUAGCGCUCAGAGUGAACUUGAAUCUUUGGCUAUUUAAGGAGGACUUGGGUUUGUUGCGAAGUUGUGGAGAUCCAAGGCAGAGCUCGCUCCUGAUUAGAUUCAUCUUUUCUUUAGCCUCAGAUGACUGUAAAAUGAAUAGAUGAAACCGUUGCCCUUUUGAUACUUUUCUCUCCGCAGAAGUGCAUUCUCAGAGCGAAGUCAUGAUGUAUUCUCCCAUCUGUCUCACUCAGGAUGAAUUUCACCCAUUCAUCGAGGCACUUCUUCCACAUGUCCGUGCAAUCGCCUACACUUGGUUCAACCUUCAGGCUCGAAAACGCAAGUACUUUAAAAAACAUGAAAAGCGAAUGUCAAAGGAUGAGGAAAGAGCAGUCAAGGAUGAGCUACUUAGUGAAAAGCCUGAAAUUAAACAGAAGUGGGCAUCCAGGCUUCUCGCCAAGCUGCGCAAAGAUAUCCGCCAAGAGUAUCGGGAGGAUUUUGUGCUCACUGUUACUGGGAAGAAGCACCCAUGCUGUGUAUUGUCCAAUCCUGACCAGAAGGGUAAGAUUAGGAGAAUCGACUGCCUGCGGCAGGCAGACAAAGUCUGGCGUCUGGAUCUAGUCAUGGUGAUCCUCUUCAAAGGUAUCCCCUUGGAAAGUACGGAUGGAGAACGGCUCAUGAAAUCCCCCCAUUGCACAAAUCCAGCACUUUGCGUUCAGCCACAUCACAUAACAGUAUCAGUCAAGGAGCUUGAUUUGUUUCUGGCAUACUAUGUGCAGGAUCAAGAUUCUGGACAAUCAGGAAGUCCAAGCCACAAUGAUCCUGCCAAGAAUCCACCAGUGUAUCUUGAGGAUAGUUUUGUAAAAUCUGGAGUCUUCAAUGUAUCAGAACUGGUGCGGGUGUCUAGAACGCCUAUAACCCAGGGAGCUGGUGUAAACUUCCCCAUUGGAGAACUUCCAAGUCAACCGUACUAUCAUGACAUGAACUCGGGUUUACAGAGAUCACUAUCUUCCCCACCAACCAGUAAGAGACCCAAAACGAUAUCCAUAGAUGAGAAUAUGGAACCAAGCCCAACAGGGGACUUUUAUCCUUCCCCAAAUUCACCAGCUGCUGGUAGUAGGACAUGGCAUGAAAGAGAUCAAGAUAUGUCUUCUCCUUCAAUGAAGAAACCUGAAAAGCCUUUGUUUAGCACUACAUCUCCCCAGGAUUCUUCACCAAGACUGACCACUUUCCAGCAUCACCAUCCAGGGAUCCCAGGAGUUGCACACAGUGUCAUCUCAACUAGAACUCCACCUCCACCUUCACCAUUGCCAUUUCCACCACAAGCUAUUCUCCCUCCUGCCCCAUCUAGCUACUUCUCUCACCCAACCAUCCGAUACCCUCCUCACCUGAAUCCUCAGGAUACUCUGAAGAAUUAUUCUUAUGACCCGUCCAGUCCACAAACCAGCCAGCCUAACAGCAGUGGUCAAGUAGUAGGGAAAAUGCCUGGCCAUUUUACUCCAGUUUUGGCACCCUCUCCCCAUCACAGUACGGUGCGACCUGUGACCCUGACCAUGACAGACACUAAGCCCAUCACUACAUCCACUGAAGGUGAGGCAUCUUCACCUACAGCAACCACCUAUACAGCCUCAGGCACAUCCCAAGCCAAUCGAUAUGUGGGACUAAGUCCAAGAGACCCUUCCUUCCUACACCAGCAACAGCUGAGGAUUUGUGACUGGACCAUGAAUCAAAACGGCAGGCAUUUAUACCCCAGUGCCAAUGAGGAUACAUUGGGAAUUACUUGGCAAAGCAGUCCUGGUACCUGGGCUAGCUUGGUCCCUUUUCAAGUAUCAAACAGGACACCAAUCCUGCCCACAAAUGUCCAAAAUUAUGGUUUGAACCUAAUUGGAGAGCCUUUCCUUCAAGCAGAAACAAGCAACUGAGGGAGAUCGUAACUGAACAAAAUAACUAUAAAAGAAAGGAAAACGGGACAAAAAAAAAUGAAGAAAGAAGAAACAUAGACCAGCAAUUGCAGCACUUACAAUCACUAAUUCCCUUAAGGUUGAAACUGUAAUGGUGUUUAAAAAAACAAAAAGGGUCGACGAUAUUUCACUGAAGAGUAGAAAGAUGCUCCUUUUAAGUAGCCUUUGUUCUAUGAAAUCCACUGGGAAAUAGAUGUUCUGUCUCUGACAAUAUAUUUUAACUGACUUUCUAGAUGCCUUAAUAUUUGCAUGAUAAGCUAGUUUAUUGGUUUAGUAUUCUUGUUGUUUACGCAUGGGAUCACUAUUCCUAGUUAGCUCUCAAAACAAAGGCUAGGAGGCAUCCACGGAGCUGCAGGAGAAUGAGGGCCAUGAGCCAGUUUUUCUCAGCACUCUGAUUUCUAAAUGUUUUUUUUUUUAAUGGAAAAAAAAAACAAAAAAAUUUAGCCUUUAGUUAUCAACCCAAAUUUAUUUAACUUUGGCCCUUAACCCAAUCUUUUCCUUGUGUGUUACCCAGUUUAAAAUUUUCAGGAAGUCAUUUAAAUAAGCAGGCAUUUUAUAGAAUCAAUGCCUUACUUUAGGUUUGAAAAGAAGUGUAUCUUCUCAUAUGACAGUAAAAACAAAAAGAGAAAGACACUAAAAAAGAAUUUCCCCCACCGAGGAAAACACUUAGAGGCAAGUGCAAUUUAAAAAUUAUAUCUAAAGGGGAUCAUUGUUAUAAGUCCUUUAGCCCUUGGACUCUAAAUUGAGGGGAUUAAAAAAACAAGAAUUUCAAAAGUAUUUCGAACAAAUUUAUUUUCCCCUCAGUUUUUAAAGGGGGGGCAUUGAAAGGCAUUAAUUAAAUCAAGACAGAUCAUGUACUUGAGAAAAAGAAAUUAAUUGAAACACAGCACUUAUGUUGAUUUAGCUUCUGCCUCCGUUGAGGUAUCUUAUUUAUUUAAAGUUACUGGUUGGAUCAAGAACCCAUAGAGAAUAGGAAAGGUUCUAUAAAACCUUCAUCACAGAGACGGAGAGAGGUAAAUCCAUGUCACAGGGGCAAAGCUUACAGUUUACAAAUGGGACUGCCAGGUUGUUGGGUUGGGGGAAUUGAAAUAUAUUUUUUAAAAAUGCACUCUUUAAAAAAGCCUAAUGACAGGGUGCUGAAAACUUGCAUGGUGCUCUCAGAAAUUAGCCUUGUUUGACAGAUUUCUCGUAUUGACAGUAAUGUGCAUGGGCAGAUACAUUUUGCCUCUAUGUCUCUAUAAAAAAUAAUAAUAAUUAAAACUACUCUAUCCAGUAAUCCUAAUUUGCACGAAGUUAUAAUGUCCACAUAACGUGCCUUGCCUUGAAAUCUAAAAAGUGACAUCACUACACUUGUUUUGCUGCAUUUAUUAUCAUUUUAAAUCUUUACCAUUUUUAUGACAAAAUAUUUUGUACUCCAGAUGGGAAAACGGAAAAAAAAAAGUGACAUCAUGGAUUUUUUAAGCAGUUAUAACUUUAUCUCACAUUUAUAAAGCAUAUCAUGGCUGUGUAUAGUUGCCGCUUAAAAAUUGUAAUCGACCAGCAAUAUUUUCAGUAUUUUGGUGUUUUUUCUAUUAAUCUUUCAUGUUUUUCAUCUUCCAAUUAAUAUUGGGGGGAGGGGAUUCAAAUUUAUACGAAUUAUGCAAUACCAAGUUUUGCCUAUGUAGGUAGUGCUUUUAGCUGUAUUGGUUAUUAUAGGUAAGUACACAGAUUUAAAAGACAAAAGAUUAAUGUAUGCUUUUUGUUUGUUCGUUUUCUUUGUUUGUUUUAAUUGACCAAAGUGGGUACUGCUGUUUUUGCAGUGUGAUGAGGUCCUUUUGUGUACUAAGAGAUGGACAGGGGAUUUUUUUUUUUAUACAUACAUAUAUCUAUAUAUUCUGGGGUGGGUGGGGAGUAUUUUUAACACUUGACAGUGUAGCUGUGAAGCAGUGCACCAUUGGCUGGGUGAGGGCUACAAAGCGACUCUUCUGCCUACUGUGAUAAAAAUCUCAAAAAAGGUGUCCUCUUUUUAACUUUCCACCUGGGGUGCAAGCUGAACUCAUUUCUGGUUUUAAAUGAUAGUGGUAAUAAUGAUGAUAAUGAAAGAUAGAUAGAUAGAUAAAUAAAUAAGUAAAAAAUAAAUAAAGGAUUCUGUUGGAGGCAGACUUGACUUGAGGGGAAAAUUACUCUUUUUUCAUUUUGAGGCAUCAAAACCCACAGAGAGCCAAAGCCUUUUAAAAUUUUGCAAAGAUAUAGCGUCCUAGGCCAUGGCAUAAAAAUAUUUUGAGGACAGAAUCACAUACACAAUAGAUACUAAUAAGACUUUUGUCCUCCAAAGGCGUCUUAUCCUGCUACAUUUUGUAUUUCAGCACAUAGUACCCAAGUACAAAAUGCAUAUGUACCGUGUCAUUGUGAAGGGCUCUUUCUCUAAGAGCCUUGCUACAUAUUACAAUUAUUCACAUGGAAAGCAGCCAGCUCCACUUGCUUAAGACCUUGAAGGGCUCCCCACUCUGCCAACGAAAAGGAUGUCAACAUGACCCCUUCCUCCUUACAAGGAGCUAGUGCUUUUAGUUUGUUACAUGGGGCUCUCUUUCAACAUUAUGUUCCUGGCAUCGGCAGGAAAGGAAGCAGUGAACCGGUGCUUCAUUCCUUUCUUGCCUUACUUGCCUAUAGAAACAGUUGUGCUACAUCAAGGUUCCAAAGAAGCAGAGCAGUGACUCCUUCCCAUGCGACUAGUUGUAAGAUGUAGCUGGAAUCUUAAAUUCCAUGGAAGUGGUGAUGAGGAUUGGGCAUAUUUUAAAGAGAAAAAACCUAUGUAGACAUUAGUAUUCUGUAUAUGGGAGGUGAUUAAGAUCACACCAAUCUUCCUACCGCUCUAUUGUGACAAGUGCCCAUACAACGCCCGGGCACUGGGCUGAGAGCCAGGAAAACUGACCAAUAUAAUCACAAAUUGCCCCCCCCAAUGUAACACUAUUGUUUGUACAGGUGUAAUCUGUAUGAUCUUCACAGCUGGCAUGAUAGUAUUUAUGUUGUCCUUGGGUAUCUGUUCCUGAAUACAAAAUGUAAAUUGAGAAGCUGCUCACAGAUCUUGAGGUACAAUUUUUAUCUGCCACUGGCUUCAGCAGGCAGUUUUAACUAUUAUAAUAAAGUUAUGAUGAAAUAAUCCUUUCAAAUAUAUCCUCCUUGGAAAAAAAAGGAUUUGAGAGAAAAGCAUCCUGAAAUUAUAAAUCCUUUAGGGACAUAAAGGUGCUUGCAACAGAUUAUUGCAUGUGAAUCAUGGUGUUUCACUUUCUUUCUUUUUUUCACAGCAGCUUCCUAAUGCUGUAUCAGAAACCACUAUUGAAAUUGCUCUGAAUUUUGUAAACCAGCUUGAUCAACAGUGCUCAGGGCUGCCACUGAAAAAAAUUAACAAAAAGUAAAGUGGACUCAAAAGCCCCACUUUAUUUGUGGGGUCACUGUGUGGAUGUUGAGUCACCACCGAUGGUGAAUGCUGCAGUAACUGUUGUUUUCUCCUUUUUGAAUCCUCUUUAAAAUGGUAAUGAACGUGACAGCAACAGCAUGGGCAUGGUCUUUCUCUCGAGCUCCCCUGUCCUGAUUUCCAAUUUGGGGGCUGCAUCAAUAGAACAUUUUCGGAGAGUGUUGCAUCUGUAAACCCUCAUGGCAAUUGCAAAAUUGUAGGAAGAUAUUUUUUUUUUAAUGGUAGCGUUUGAAUUUAACAAAAUCAAAAAUGAAACCAACCAAACACUGGCUCUUUUUUUCUGAGCCCUAAUGUAAGUGAAUUAAUUCACUAAAUAAAUGGCUGUUGGGAAUAACUGACACGUACAAGCAGGUCUCAUUGAGAAUCCUUUAGCCGGUGGCCCAAUAAAAUAGAUAAUGUAUUCUCUCAUUUCAUUAUUUAAUACUAAGCAGGUAUGAACUGUAUAGUUAAAGUUAACUGGGGGACUACAAUUGUUAGCUAUUCAGCAGGACGCUUCUUAAACACGGAACAGUGAAGCAGGAUGAAAAAAAGAUGAGUUCAGACUUUAAAGUGCAAUAGUUUAAAUGAUCCUGAUCCCUGUUAAAGGCAUAGUCUCAACUGAACUUUUUCAUAUAAUCCUGGAAUGGAUUUAUAAAAAAUAUAUAAAUAGGUAAGACAUUCUUAUUUAUAAAGUGCUAACUUGCUCUGUGAAAUAUCCCCCCCCCCCUUUCUUGACUUGUUUGGUGAUCCAGACCUUCCUCCUGAAAACACUGACAUACAAGUUAAGUGCUUUUCUGGAUGGUCAUCUCUGUGGGUUUUUCUGUCUUCCUUUUUAAUAUAAGGCCCAUCAGAACCACAUCUUCUGUUCUUAGCUUUUCUUAAAGCUGAGAAUUGAGAUAUGAAAUGUUGCAAACUCAAAUCUAGUCUGAGCCUCCUCCUUCAUCAGGAAGUAUAUUCUGACUAAAUCAAGCCACCCCGUUCUAUGUGCACUGUUCUGCCUUUAUUCAGUUGCUUUGCAGCCCUGGCCUCUUGGCAGUGCCACUGAAGUGUUUUUUCCCCUAGAAUGACAUGAACGUUUGAGGCUUGACUAAGGAAAAAAAGGCAGUGAAGGAGACUGUACAUAAAGACAUGGCAAAAUAUUAAAUAUAGCAAUAUAGUUGUGCGUUCAGGUGGGCAGCUCCAUUUAAAAUAUGUGAAUGAACCUGUGAAGCUGCAAGUAGAGAAGAACAGAGAAUCUUCUUAAUGAACCCACCUACCUUGUAGACAGUAAUUUGUACACUGUAUAGUUUUGUUAAGAUUUUUUUUAAAGCACCCUCGUUUGUAAAGCUAAUUUUUAGCGAUUAUAAUGGAAAUGUGUGUCAUUUCCACUUUUAAAGUAAACAAGAAUAUUCCUUGUUUGGAAACUGGACUUGGGUUAAAACUCUCCAGUUUCUUAAUUUAUGUAUUAAAACAAAACAAAAAAAUCUGUCCAUGUUAGGAGAUAUUUCGCUAUGCUUGAAAAGCAUAGGUUACUAAUCCUUUUAAAAGAAAUUGUAAAUGGAGAAAAGUUAUAUUUUAUGAAGGUUAUUUUGUUGUAUUUAGUAUUGGAAAAGUUGGGUUUUGGAGCAUUUCAGAAUGUUGGAAGCACCACUGUCUUUUUUUAUUAGUAUAUAUGGCCUUUAGCAAAAGUUUUGUGAUUGUUACAUGAUGGUAUUUAAGAGUAGGUUCACAGAGCAUUCAGGACAGACAGAAAACUAGAACAGUACUUAUGUCUCACAUAGCUGUG